CAAGUCACUGCAGGUAGCCAUAGUUUUGUGUCGUUAAUUUCGCAAUACUUCCCAGUAACAUAAACAACAAGUAUAAACAAAAAAUGGCAAUAAUGCUUACAACGCAAAAACUGACACAAAUAAUAACAUUGAUAAGAAGUUGGGUACGAAAGUACGUUUUGCCUUAAACGAAAAAAAAUUGUUGUUUUCCAAUCCCUUUGAGAAAUAUUAUAAUAAACAACUCCCUAGAAAUGAUGCAAAAAUAAAGGAAACAGACCGUUUUGUUUACUACCUUUCACAUACAAUAAGUAAUUUUACAAAAGGUCCUUUUGGCGGGAACUUACUUUUUGCGAGACUCAACGUAGGUAUAGGUAUUUUUAGAUAAGAAAAUUGUUAGCUUAAUUGUGAUAAGAUAGUCUCGAAUAGACUCAAAGCCCAUUAUGGCCAAGGCUAAUGGCAUAAUGAUAGUAUUGAUAUACUUAGUGAUAGGUUGCAAGUCCAUCGCCUAUCGCCAGAAUUCCAAGUUUAUUAGCCCAUUAAUUGGGUUACCUAUAUCUUAUCUACAGUAUAAAAACAAGAUGAAUGGACACCUAUUACCUUAGUCACCUUUUAUCACAGUUUUUUUUUCAAGCAUAUCUGCAGUUUGCUCUUAGCUGGGGCUGGCAACACUGCAUGUUAUGUCAUGUGAUCAUGUCAUGUCUAGACUAGACAUUUCUGUGAUUUAAAAACAAAAGUCAAUACAAAAGAGGUAAACAAAUUUUAUAUUUCAAGGCAAUAAAUAUAUUGUAUUUAUUACAUGGACUAAUAUAAUACUAUCGCAGCGGCUCAGUAAUGGAUUUAAAAGUAUGCCGUGUAUGUUGUGAAAACAAAGGAGAUGCAUUCAUUUUCAACAAGGAUGACAAAGAAUUACAUAUCAGCGCUAAAAUUAUGUAUUGUUGCACUAACUUGAGUAUUGCCGAAGGUGACGGUCUUCCUGAACAUAUCUGCAAUGUUUGUGAAGCGGAAUUAGCUACCACCUAUCAAUUUAUUUUAAAAUGCGAAGCUACUGACAAAACGCUAAGGUCUUGUCUCAAAACAAAUGUUCUUGAACAAUGUGAAGUCGACGAUAAAGAAAAAAUUGAAAUUAAAACUGAAAAUUUUGACUCUAUCAGUGACGAAGAAUUUGUUGUUUACGACAAUUCGCGUGAUGAUUUUCAAUCUGCUCUCGAUAAACUCAAUGAAGAAGUAAAACAGCCAAACAUCCAUCAUUCAAUACAAUCUAAAAGGAAAGUGUACAAGAAAAGAGUGAAGUAUAAGAAUUCAGGGUCGUUCAAAUGUACUCACUGUGGUCGUAAAUGCCCAAAUCCCUCAUCACUGGCUGUACACAUGAGGUCUCACACAGAUGAGAAACCAUUCCCUUGUUCAUCUUGUGAUAAGAAAUACAAAGACAGUGGAACCUUAAAAAGGCAUUUUAAUAGAAACCAUUUAAACAAUAGAGAAAGGAGUUUUAUUUGUGAAACCUGUGGUAAAGGCUUCUAUUCAAAAAGUGAUGUUAAAAUACACAUGCGUGUUCACACAGGGGAAACACCUUAUAUCUGUUCCGAGUGCCCAAUGAAGUUUACGCAAAUUGGUGCUUUGCUCCGCCAUAAAAAGCGACACAAUGGUGAAAAAACUUACACAUGUCCAACAUGUAAUAAAAAAUUUUGUACUAAAGAAGAAUUAAAAUCUCAUCUCCAAGUUCAUACCAGUAAAAAGGAAUUCUCAUGUACACUUUGCAAUGGUAUGUUUAAAUACCAUAACAAUCUAAGGAAACAUAUGAGACUACACGCUGAACCAAACAGUUAUGUUUGUAAUUAUUGUGGCCGUACUUUUAAUGUCAAAGGUAAUUUAAAAAUUCACAUUAGCCGGCAACAUUCUGAAAAGUCUGGCUAUUGUAAUGUGUGUUCAAAAAGUGUGUCUAACAUUGAAGUUCACAUGUGGAGACACACUGGACAAAGGCCUCUGAAAUGCGAACUCUGUACAAGUAGUUUCUUUGAACUAAAAGCCCUGAAUCAUCACAUGAACUUCAAACAUAAGAAAGUUGACAAAUAUAAAUGUUUGGUUGAAGGAUGUUUAAUGGCAUUCCCAUCACGACCUAUGCUUGAUUUCCAUACGGCUAAAUUACACAGCACUGGUAUACCUUUCCCCUGUGAUCGAUGCUCAAGAGGAUUUUAUAGAAAAAAUGAUCUCGCAAGACAUAAAAUAGGGACUCAUAAAGAAAGGCUCAAUUAAUUAUUAAAUAAUCUUAUACUAGUCAUUUCUGUAAUUUUAUUACAAUUACUCAUUAACUAAGCUAUGUUUGUGAUUUAAUAUAUUAAUAAUUUAUUAAUUUGUGUUUGUCAAAUGUAAACUUAUGAAUAGUUUUAUUGAAUAAAGUUGAGAAAA